UUCAAUUCUUAAACUACAUAUGUUGGUACUGAGGUGAUAUUUGCUGUACAGAAUUUGAGAUGGCUAAAUGCUAAACGGUUAGCAAUCGCGAUUAGCAUUAGCGUGCUAGCAAUGACCCAAAAAACAAAAACGCUAACCAUUCAGCUCACUCAUACUUAUCACGUCACAUGCACAUUACACAUCUAACAGUGUCUUAAAAAUCAUGUACAGAUGCUCCUUUGUCGUUUUUUGGCAAAGUUUAUCAUUGGGCCAACAUCGAGUCCGUCUGCAAUAAGUGUCCGUGUGAAACAUGGGUUCCGGCAGCUUAAACAGUUCCGGGAAGAACUUCUACAUUUUUGUUUGGUCCCAGCGGAGACCUUUGAGGGGAAAAAUGUUUUGUGGACCUACUGUAUAUUUGAAGUCGACUUAGAACUAGGAUCGUAAGCAAUGUUCGCGUGGCAACAAAUUUAACAAGACCAUAAUGACAAAACAACAAAUUACAGCACAAGUGUUGAUUAAUUAGGAAUUAAUUAAAGCAUGAGGCGCCACCUUUUGGUGCACUAUUUGAGAUUUUGAAAAGGUUAGCCCAGGUUCGUAAUGCAUAGUUAAAUUUUUUAACACAAACAAAACCCUUUUUCUUUUCUUUUUUUACACAUUUGGACUUUCUUAUGGAACAUUAAUGCCACCACUUCCAUGGGUUGUUAUAUGAAGCGAUAUUGUCGAAAUGGGGCACAUUUGUCAUAAGGUCAGCGUGGUAUUGAUAGGCAGGUGCGCGCCGCGUAAUAGGGCUGCGCGCGCCGUGGGGGUGGGGUGCUUCGUAAGCAUGGUGUCGUCGCCCGCUUCAGCACGCCGGAUAGCGCCCGAGCGCAGAGGAGCCCCCGGCGACCGGAGCGACCCGCGAUGGACGCGGCCGAAGUGGCGUGCGCGGCGUACCUGGCGGCGCUGUCCGCGCUGUCUCUCGCGUCCAACCUGUCGGUGCUGCUCUGCUUCGCCCGCAGCGCCGACAUCCGCCGCCAAGUGGCCGGCGUGUUCACCGUCAACCUGUCCGUGUGCAACGUCCUGACGGCGGCGCUCCACAUGCCCGCCACGGCGGCGGGCGUGGCGCGACGGAGCCGGCCCUUCGGCGAGCGCCCGUGCCGCGCCGUCGGCUUCCUGGAGAUCUUCCUGACGGCCAACGCCACGCUGAGCGCGGCCGCCCUCAGCGUCGACCGCUGGGUCGCGGUGGUCUUUCCGCUGAGCUACUCCAGCAGGAUGCGCCGGCGGGACGCCGCGGCGAUGCUGUGCUAUGCCUGGCUGCACUCGUUCACCUUCUCCCUGGCGGCGCUGCUCUUCUCGUGGCUGCGCUACAGCGACGCGUACGCGUCGUGCACCCUCCGGGCGGCGUCGGGCGACUCCCGGUUCGCCGCGUUCACGCUGCUCUUCCACGCCAGCAGCUUCGCCUUGCCGCUCCUCACGCUGUGCGUGGCCUACCUGAAGGUGCUGCGGGUGGCCCGCUUCCACUGCAAGAGGAUCGACGUGAUCACCGUGCAGACCCUCGUCCUGCUCGUCGACGUGCACCCGAGCGUGAAGCGGAGAUGUUUGGCCGAGCAGAAGAGGAGAAAGCAGCGAGCCGCCAAGAAGAUCAGCAUCUUCAUCGGCUCCUUCAUCAUCUGCUUUGCCCCCUUGGUCUUCACAAGGUUGGCCGAGCUUCUUCCUUUUGUGGACGUGGACCGCCGCUGGGGGCUGGUCAGUAAGUGCCUGACGUACAGCAAGGCGGCGUGCGAUCCCUUCGCCUACUGCCUCACGCGGCAGCAGUACAAGAAGGUUCUGGCUGACGUGGCCGACCGGCUGCUCCGCCGCAAGCCGUACCCGUCGUCCGGCCACGACAGCUCUGUGGGCACGGAGAACGACUUCUGUCUCCAGAGGAUCGGCUGAACAAAGACGUUCUUUGGUUUGGUUUUGAAGUUUCGAACUCCUCGAUAACAUCGACAUUUGACUUCUAAAGCCGUCAAUGGCAGUGAAUGUGUUUAAGGGCCUACCAAAAUUAAGUGCCAUACUUUUUUUUCUUUUUUUUUUUA